AUGGACUCCGAGCUCCGCCAAAGAGCGAAGCCCGCGACCGACCCUGUCCCGGCCCCGAAUCUGACCGCCGGCGUUACUGGUGGUGUGCCUGCCAUUGCCGAGCAUCCUUCCGGUAAAGAAGGACACGGCAAAGCAGUGCAGAUAUUGCGCGGCGCUUUGUUUGCUGUCUUUUUCUUUGCGACAGUGAUUGCGAUCCACCUCACGCAAUGGGUCGGCGCGCCUCUCUAUUGGAUCAACCGUGAUUUGUUCUACAGCUAUAUGGCGUACACUAAACAGCUAUUUGGCAUCACCAUUGCAACGAUGACCUACUGGUGGGGCCCGACAACCAUCCGCAUCAGCGGCGACAAGUCGGUAGCCGGCCAGAUCCGGAAAACCAAGGACGGCCGUGUAGAGUUCGACUUCCCCAACCGCAUGGUCAUGAUUGCCAACCACCAGAUCUACACCGACUGGAUCUAUCUGUGGUGGGUAGGAUACGCCAACAAACGCCGCAUGGACGGUUUCAUCUACAUCAUCCUCAAGGAGUCGCUCAAGUAUAUCCCCAUCCUCGGCGCCGGAAUGCAGUUCUUCGGAUUCAUCUUUAUGUCGCGCAAAAUGUCCGUCGAUCGGCCGCGCAUGGCCCACCGUCUGGAGAAGCUUCGUGCACCGCACACGGACGCCGACGGGAAGACAUAUCUUGACCCUAUGUGGCUGUUGUUGUUCCCUGAGGGCACCAACGCGUCGGCUAAUGGCCGCCGGAAAUCUGCCGCGUGGGCACAAAAGAUGAACUACAAGGACCCAGAGCAUAUCUUGCUGCCACGCAGCACGGGCAUGUACUUUUGUCUUACGGAGCUCAAAGGCUCUGUCGAAUAUGUCUACGACUGUACCGUUGCCUACGAGGGAAUUCCCCGUGGCAAGUACGGCGAGGACUACUUUUCGCUCUCGAGCACGUACUUCGAGGGCCAGCCUCCGAAAUCGGUCAACUUCCACUGGCGCCGGUUCCGUGUCGAUGACAUUCCCCUUGAGACGGCCGAAGCAUUUGAUCAGUGGUUGCGCGACCGAUGGUACGAGAAGGAUGCCAUCAUGGAGCAGUACAUGUCAACCGGCCGCCUACCUGCCUCAUCUGCCAAGGUCGAAGACGGCGAACGGCCUGAAUACGUUGAGACCGAGGUACGAACGCAGUACCUAGGAGAGAUCCUUCAGGUAUUCUCCGUUGUCGGCACUGUCUGGCUCCUGUGCCGCAUCGCUGUCCGGUUCUUUGAAAGAUUCUGA